AUGCUGAUGGGUUCGCCGAUUUCGGAAUUCAUCGCUGAGGCGGUCUUGCAUCGGCUAGAGUCGCUGGUCAUCCAACACCACAGGGCGAAGUUCUGUGCCCGGUAUGUGGAGGAUAUCUUCGUCGUCAUCGAAUGGGAUCAGGUGCUGACCUUCAAAAAACAUCUCAACGCCGUCUUCCCAGACAUUCAAUUUAAGAGGGAGGAGAAAGUGAACAACCAGCUGGCCUUCCUGGAUGUCCUCGUAUGCCACAAAGGUUGUGGUGGACUAAAGACCAAAAUGUUCAGGAAAGCGACAAAUACGAUUCAAGUACUGAACUUCAACAGUAACAACCCAAUCAGCCACAAACGCAGUUGUGUAAGGACGCUCUAUCGGCGUGUCGAAUCGCACUGCAGUGAGCCGGAAGACGAAAUUGCCGAAAUACAAUACCUCCGACGGGUAUUCAAGGCCAAUGGCUAUCCGCAGAACUCUGCCAACCGGCGCAUACGCAAAAGGGACGAAAGGCCUAACCGCAUGGACACCAAAUCUUGGCGGCAGUUUCCGUAUGUCAAGAACGUUUCGGAAGCUGUCGCCAGCCUUCUCGCACCACUUGGGGUUGGAGUUGCACACAGACCCGAGGCAACCAUCAGGCGCCAGUUAAUGAAACCGGAAGACCCGCUGCCACGGUUAGAAACGUCUGCAGUCGUUUAUUGGAUCUGGUACAGUUGCGGACAAAACAUCUACGUCGACAAAACCGGAAGACAGCUCCGAACGCGAAUGGUCGAACACGCUGCAGCGAUACGGAGAAAUGACGCCGGGUUCCCAAGUGCCCCUAACAUUCAGCUUUAA